UCAGCUGUAGUGUGUUGGUCCGACCAGCAAACCGCUACUGUACCAGGCUUUAUAAAUCGGCGCGUAAUUGAUCUCCAAACCGUGAUCGUUAGCGGUGCGUAAUUGUAUUUGUAAUCUCCAUUGUGGAUUUAAAGCGCGCGAGCAACAUGGAUUUAAAUGUGGUUCUGAGAAUCGCCAGUGAGUUAUGAGAAUAUUUGCACUGAGAUGCCGGUAUCUGUCGGUGGUGUGUGUCGGGCUGGAAAUCUCAGUCGAAGGCAACGCAGAAAAACGCUUCCUGUAACCGCGUUUCGCAGAUAGCCUGUAAGUGGAGUAACGGAAAGGAGGGGGCGCAGAAAACUUCACACGGCAUUCGAGUGAUGGUCGGGAAACUUAAAUUGACUUUUUUUUUCCCUUCAGGAGUGCCCACAAUGUUUCUUGUAAUUAAAGUCAUGGCGGAGUAACCCACUUGGGACAGGUCGCCUCAUCUGCUUGCCAGAAUAAAAAGUGAGCUUCACCUUGGCGAAGGAUCUGACACUUGAGCCGAGACGCGCACAGGAGCCGGGGACCCGGCUCUCCUAGCUGUUUUUCAGAUCUCUCCCCGGGCAGCCAAGGAAUAGAGGAUGACCACUGAUGCUGGUCAGCUUCAACUUUAACUUCAGAGGUUUUUCCAUCUGCUAUAGAGACGAGGUGACUUGGAAAGGACAUAUAAAGGAUUGGACACUACCAGGAACCUACAGUGAUCCUGCGAUCCACGGUUUUCUUUGCAUUUUGAUCACCACUGGACGCACAGGAAGUUUUCAAAUUUGAACAGACCGAGGGCCUAAAGGUGGCUGGUUUAAAACUCGCCCCCCUCAAAAAAGACAGAGAAGGAGUUCACUUUUUCGGUCGGUCUACUGGAGCUAUGAGCGGACUGCGCAGCUCCGUCACUAUGGGACUAGUGCUGCUCAUGUGCGCUCUUACCAGCCACUGUGGCGAGAGCGCGCCCACGGCAGCCCCUACUGUGAGCGGCAGGGACGCGCAGAGCCUCAGGCGGACAGCGGACGUCGUGAAACACGUGGAGGAGAGCCGAGGUCGGAGCAGGGCAGAGACGGUUUCCCCGCGAACAUCCCCGGCGAGAGAGCCCUCAGCGGAGCCAAGGGAUUUACGUAACCUCAAAUCAGACAGAGGGGAUCAAAUUAUAGAAAUAUUUCCCAGAGAUCUCAGAAAGAAGCAGAAGUUUCUGCAACACUUAACAGGUCCUCUGUACUUCAGUCCCAAGUGCAGGAAGCAUGUGUACAGACUCUACCACAACACCCGGGAUUGCACAAUACCUGCAUACUUCAAAAGAUGUGCGCGGCUUCUCACACGGCUAGCCGGCAGCCCGCAGUGCACAGAGGGGUAGCGCACUCAAAGGUUGCAGCCAAACCCGAGCGAUCCAGAAAAGAAAAAGAAAAAGGAAAAAAAAAAAAAAAAAACGGAC